AUGACCUUUUUGCAAAUCUACAACCUCGCCACAAUGAUAGUAUCAUCGACCUGCCUCCUGCACAACAUCACUUCCUCGCCAGUGCCCUUACUACCAGUUUUACUCAUUCAUAGUCUGUCCUGGUCCAACAUCUCCAUAUCGAACGCAAAUUGGGCACCACCGAGACUCACAUAACGUCCCCCACCACCACCACCACCACCACCACCACCACCACCACCACCACCACCACCACCACCACCACCACCACCACCACCACCACCACCACCACCACCACCACCACUGCCGCCGCCGCCGCCGCCACCACCACCACCAUUGAAGUGUCAACUUCAUCCUAUUCUGACCAUGCAUUCGAGGCACAUAUCAGUCUGGCAGUUCUUCCUCGAAUUCAUUGUGAUAAGAAUGGACAACUGGCUUCUGUAUCUCAUAUGUUCAUUACCAACACUUCAGUCGCAUAUUCGGCUGCAGCACAUACCUACUGUAAGGUUGCAAUACUGAUUAUCCUGCCGAAAAAUCCUGAGAUACUGCAGCCCCAUCGGAAUGCCGGCUUUUGA